UUUGAUGCGAGCAACAUUCAUGAGUAAGAACGGCUCAAGACUGGUAAAUAAGUCAACAAAGAGAAAACAGGAAACAUGUUGAAGUUUUCCACGACCCUUUUAUUGUCAUUGGUGUUAGAAACUGAAGCGUUUUACUUUAACUCUGAGCUUGAUCCAGCAGUACAUCAAAAGGGCCAAACAGCGGUCACGAAACAAUGUCUUCGAUUCAGUAGGAAUUUAGACUGCAGAUUCUAUAAUUGUUUGAAUGCCAGAUUCCCCUGUGGUGCAGAACAUUUGCCGAGGAACAACCCGCGUGUUCAUUGUCUUAAAGCCAAGAGAACAUACCGUUUGAAUGACGUAGGUAUGAUCUGGAUAAAGAGUAUCAUGAAUUGUGUCGUGGGACAGCUGACAAAAAUCUACAGAUCUCAGUUAGUGAACUGUAAUAUAAUACGCAGGAACAUUUUCAGAAUACAAAAGAGUUGUUACACGGCUAAUGAUUUCUGCGAGGUCGGCUGGAAGCACCGCGCCGAAUUGUGGAACAUGUUCAAGGAACCUAUCACUAGAACCAAAUCAGACCAUUAUAAAAGGUUAUGGUUAAAUCUUGGCAGAAUAUCUUCAAAAUGCAACUCGAAAAGCUCUCCUGCAUUAACAAGAUGGAUCUACUCCCAGUUGAAAUUAAAUAGUUAGGAAUCAUGUAUCAAGUUGGUUAACGUCUCAGAUUUUUGAUUUAAUUAUUGAGGCGGUGAUGCCAGUAAUAAUAAUGAUAAUAAUAACAACAAUAACAAUAAUAAAAAUAACAAUGAUAAAUAUGAUGUUGAUAAUAAUGAUAAUAAUAAUAACGAACAAUAAAUGUGCAGUUUGAUUAGUGCAGUCCAUGCAUUUAAUCCUAUGCACAUAGGUACAUCCAGUAUACACAGACAAGCAUGCAUAGUCUUACAUGCAUACAUGCAUACAUAUACACAUUCGUAUUCCUGUGUUCAAAUAUACAUGCAUAAAUAUGC